AUGGCUGACGAUUCUGCUGAAGCAAUGAAAGCGGCUUUGCUGAAGGCUCAAGAGGACCUUCACCGCACUCAAUCUGAGGCCCAGCAGACCAUUGACAGCCUCAGAAAGGAAUUGGAUUCUGUCAAAAGUAGCAAAACGCCCAAACAGCGUAUCCGGAACGUAACUCCUAAGAUGCUUGAUCUCGAAGAUUCCGAGGCCAGUGAAGGUGAAGAUGGAGCAGCUAGGUCCGACGAUGAAGCAGAUGAAGCUGAUCCCGCAGCUAAGAAAAUGGCGCUCCUAGAAUCUCAUAACAGGAAAAUACUUUGCAUGCUGACGAAGUUGCCUGGAGCACCUACCCCUGUGGCUGAAGAAUCUCCUGAUGGCUACGCUCAAUCCCCCUUCGUGGAAGAAAUCGCAAGAGCCAGGAUUCCCAAAAAGAUCAACGUGACCCAGCCUCACAAGCUGUAUGAUGGAGCUGCGGAUCCCUAUGACCAUGUAGCUCAAUAUAAACAGAAGAUGUGGACUCUGUCCAUUCCUGAGCAUCUGCUGGAAGCCACCAUGUGCAAGUCCUUCGGGGCCACCCUAUCUGGGCCCGCCUUACAAUGGCUGAUAAGUCUUAAGCCAGGUAGCAUCCAAAAUUUUGCUGCUUUAAUUAACAAGUUUUAUAUGCAGUUUGCAAGCAGCAGGGUCCUAGAGAAGCACACCGGCGACUUGUACCGCAUCACCCAGAAAGCCAAUGAAGCUGUGAGGCAGUACCUGGAUCGAUUCAACAAGGAAAUGAUCUCUGUCAAGAACCUGGAUGUUCCCACAGCUAUCGAAGCAUUCAGGAGAGGACUAACCUAUAAAUCUAGAUUGUAUUAUGAAUUGACCAGGUACCCAUGUGGCACAUUCGAAGAGGUCAGGGCCAGAGCUAUGGCUGAGAUACGUGUCGAGGAGGACGAGGCGUCCAGGUACGUGAGCGAGCCUAGCUACGAUCGGAAAUCCCAGAACCAGAAGAAGAAUGAUUGGCGCCAUCAGCCAUAUCAGAAGCGCGAAAGUAAUAACGUAGCCAGCAAGGCCACAGGUAAAUCAUCUAACAACGAUUACCCUUCCAUUGCUUCCUACUGUUUUAACGUGGAUGCAGGAGGCGUAGUAAACGCACUAGAAAAGCUGGGAACCACGAGGUGGCCUCGCAAAAGCGACAGACCAGACAGCGAGAAGGACACCACCAAGUGGUGUAGCUACCAUGGCGACCAUGGCCAUCGAACAGAAGAAUGCAAUGCUCUCAAAAAGGAAGUGGCAUGGCUGCUCAAGAAGGGCUAUCUCGAGCACUUGAUGGGGAAGAAGGGGCAGCAAGAAGAUAAAGCUGGCCCAGCCAGCAACAGCCUCAUCCGCCACCUGAGCCCCUACACGAUAAGGUAA